UCUUGUUUGGAAAUUACUCUUACCAUUCAACAGAUUUCAGAAAUGGAGGUAGUUGGUGGAGCAUUUCUCUCUUCAGCUUUUGAUGUUCUCUUUGAUAGGCUUGCUCCUGAGGGUGAUCUGCUCAAAAUGUUUCGGAAGCGUAAGAAUGAUGUUCAGCUCUUAGAGAAGCUGAAAUCGACUUUGCUUGGUCUUCAAGCUGUGCUAAGUGAUGCAGAGAAUAAGCAAGCAUCAAAUCAAUUUGUGAGCCAGUGGCUUAAUGAGUUUCGACAUGCUAUCGACUCUGCUGAAAACUUGAUUGAACAAGUCAAUUAUGAAGCAUUGAAGCUUAAGGUGGAAGGUAAGCAUCCAAAUCUUGCAGAAACACUAUUGAAAAAUUGGAGAUUUUGCAACCUGUGCUUGGGUGAUGAUUCUUUUCUUAAAAUAAAUGACAAGUUGGAAAUGAGUAUUGAAACAUUGCAGAAUUUGCAAAAGCAAAUUAGUGACCUUGGCUUACAGGAACGUUUUGGUUCGACUAAACAAGAAACUAGAACUUCAACUUGUUUGGUUGAUGAAUCUGAUAUCUUUGGUUUACACAAGGAAAAGAAGGAUAUGAUUGACCGUUUAUUGUCUGAAGAUGAAAGUGGAGGAAACCUGACUGUAGUUCCUAUUGUUGGAAUUGGCGGCUUGGGUAAGACAACACUAGCGAAAGUGGUUUACAAUGAUGAGAAGGUGAAGAACCAUUUUGGUUUGAGAGCUUGGUAUUGUGUUUCUGAGCCAUAUGAUGCUUUGAGAAUAACGAAAGGGUUACUUCAAGAAAUUGGCUCAUUUGACUUGAAGGAUGACGGCAAUCUGAAUCAGCUACAGGUCAAACUGAAGGAAAGCCUGAAGGGAAAGAAAUUUCUUGUUGUCCUUGAUGAUGUGUGGAAUAAUGACUAUAAUGAGUGGGAUAACCUGAGAAAUGUUUUUGUACAAGGAGUUAUGGGAAGUAAGAUCAUUGUAACAACACAUAAGGAGAGUGUUGCUCAGAUGAUGUGUGCUGAUCAUUGCGCAAUCACUGUGGGGACUCUGUCUAGUGAAGACUCUUGGGCUUUAUUCAAAAGACAUUCACUAGAAAAUAGGGAACAUCCAGAACUUGAAGAGGUUGGGAAAAAAAUUGCAGAUAAUUGCAAAGGGUUGCCUUUAGCUCUAAAGGCAGUUGCUGGUACUUUACGUGGAAAAUCAGAGGUGGAGGAGUGGAUAAAAAUUUUAAAUAGUGAAAUAUGGUAUCAGCAAAGUUGUUGGAAUGGUAUAUUACCAGCGUUGAUGUUGAGCUAUAAUGAUCUUCCUGCACAUUUGAAGCGAUGUUUCGCUUUUUGUGCAAUAUAUCCCAAAGAUUAUGAAUUCUGCAAAGACCAAGUAAUUUACCUGUGGAUUGCUAAUGGUCUUGUAAAGCAAUUUUGUUUAGGUGAGGAAUACUUUGACGAGUUGAGAUCAAGAUCAUUGUUUGAGAGGGUCCCAGAGUCUAAAUGGCAACCGGAGAGAUUCAUAAUGCAUGACCUUAUCAAUGAUUUGGCCCAAACUGCAUCUUCAAAACUUUGUAUUAGGUUGGAAGAGAGCAAAGGAUCUGAUUAUAUGUUGGAACAAAGUCGGCACAUGUCCUAUUCCGCUGACGACAUUGGUAACUUUGAGAAAUUGAAACCACUCUCCAAAUUAGAGCAGCUGAGGACAUUGCUUCCAACCAAUAUCAGUUACUCAUAUAAGCUAAGCAAGAGGGUGUUGCAUAACAUACUUCCAAGACUGACAUCCUUAAGGGCAUUAUCAUUGUCAUAUUGUAGGAUUGAGGAGUUGCCAAAUGACUUGUUUAUCAAAUUAAAUCUCCUCAGAUUUUUGGACCUUUCUGGGACAGAUAUUAUAAAGUUGCCAGAUUCUAUUUGUGCAUUGUAUAACUUGGAAACACUUCUCCUGUCAUCUUGUCAAUAUCUUGGGGAGUUACCGCUGCAGAUGGAGAAGUUGAUCAACUUGCAUCACCUCGACAUAACCAACACUUAUUCCUUGAAUAUGCUGCUACAUCUGAGCAAGUUGAAAAGCCUCCAAGUCCUAGUGGGAGCCAAGUUUCUUGUAGGUGGUAGCGGUGGUUGGAGAAUGGAAGAUUUGGGUGAAGUACAUAACUUGUAUGGAUCUCUAUCAGUUUUAGAGUUGCAAAAUGUGGUUGAUAAAAGGGAAGCUCUCAAGGCAAAGAUAAGGGAGAAGAAUCAUGUUGACAAGUUAUUAUUGGAGUGGAGUGAAAGUAGUACUGCCGCCGACGAUUCUCAAACUGAAAGAGAGAUACUUGAUGAGCUACACCCACACACAAAUAUAAAACAAGUCGAAAUCACCGGAUAUAGAGGGAAAAUUUUUUCAAAUUGGCUAGCUGAUCCUUUGUUUCUUAAGUUAGUACAAUUGUCUCUUAGCAACUGCAAAGACUGUGAUUCCCUGCCAGCACUAGGACAACUCCCUUAUUUAAAAUUCCUUUACAUUAGAGGGAUGCAUGGAAUAACAGAGGUGACGGAAGAAUUCUAUGGCAGUUCAUCCUCCAAAAAGCCUUUUAACUCUCUUGAGGAGCUUGAAUUUACAGAUAUGCAAUGGCACAUUCUAGGAAGUGGGGAGCUCCCUAUACUUAAGUACCUUUCAAUUCAUCAAUGUCCGAAGUUGAUGGGGAAGUUGCCUGAAAAUCUUUCUUCUCUGACAAAAUUAAGUAUUUCAGAGACACCUCUUUUUGAGGAAGCUCAACUGUUUAGAUCCCAAUUUGAGGGAAUGAAGCAGAUUGUUGAAUUAUCUAUUUUUUGUUGUAACUCUCUUACCUCCUUACCUUUUAGCAUACUGCCCAGUUCCUUGAAGACAGUAGAGAUAUCUGAUUGUCAGAGAUUGAAAUUGGAGGAGCCAGUUGGUUAUUAUAACAUGUUUCUCGAGCAAUUGACACUGCGAAGUUGUGCUUGUAUAGAUGAUAUAUCACCUGAGUUGCUCCCAAGAGCACGCUCUUUGGACGUACAUACUUGCUAUAACCUUGCUAGGUUUUUGAUUCCUACUGCAACUGAAAGUCUCACUAUUUGGUAUUGUGAGAAUCUUGAAAUACUUUCAGUGGCAGUUGGAACCCAUGAGUCUGCCAUGACGUCUUUGCAUAUUUGGUAUUGUGAGAAGCUCAAGUGUCUGCCAGAAAUAGAUCUCUUCAAUUUACAAGUCCUUGAGAUCCACCAUUGCAAGAAACUAGUGAACGGCCGAAAGGAGUGGUGUUUACAGAGACUCUCCUGUCUCACUAAGUUAGAGAUCAGACAUGAUGGCUGUGACGAAGAGAUCCAACAUUGGGAAUUGCCUUCCUCUAUUCAAACACUUAGAAUAGAGAAUCUGAAAACAUUAAGCAGCCAAGUUCUCAAAAGCCUCACCUCUCUUCAAUCUCUAGAUAUUACUAAUUUACCUCAAAUUCAGUCACUGCUGGAAGAAGGUGGGCUUCCCUCCUCUCUUUCUCAGCUAAAUUUAUGUCACCAUGAUGAGCUCCAUUCACUACAUCUUUGCCACCUCACUUCACUUAUACGUCUUCACAUCUGGAAGUGCCGUAAUCUCCAAUCACUCUCUGAAUCAACACUGCCCUCCUCCCUCUCUCAGCUGACCAUCGAGGAUUGCCCUAAUCUCCAAUCACUCUCUGAAUCAACACUGCCCUCCUCCCUCUCUCAGCUGACCAUCUCUCAUUGCCCUAAUCUCCAAUCACUCUCUGAAUCAACACUGCCCUCCUCCCUCUCUCAGCUGACCAUCUCUCAUUGCCCUGAUCUCCAAUCACUCUCCAUAUCAGCACUGCCCUCCUCCCUCUCUCAGCUGACAAUAGAUGAUUGCGAUAAUCUCCAAUCACUCUCCAAAUCAACACUUCCCUCCUCCCUCUCUCACCUGGAGAUCAAAUAUUGCCGUAAUCUCCAAUCCCUUCCAGUAAAAGGGAUGCCCUCUUCCCUCUCUACACUAAAUAUUCUCAACUGUCCAUUGCUCACACCACUACUAGAAUUUGACAAGGGGAAAUACUGGCCAAAUAUUGCUCAAAUUCCCAUCAUACAGAUCGAUUGGAAAUACCUGCAAUGCUUAAAACUAAUGGUGCUCCCACUGAUGUAA